UUAAGGUUGACUCUUAAAAAUCACCUUUGAAGUUUUUCUUGUCUUUUGGAGAAAAUCUGUGAACAUCUUUUCCCGGAAAAAAAACUAUUAUUGGACAAAUGGAAUCGAUGGUGAAGAAGUUGAAGCAGAGUCUAGGAUUGGGAUCAUCUGUGGAAAGCAAGGAAAAAGACAUACAGGAAGAAAAGUGGUUCACGGAGAAUGGAAGCACCUUCUUAGAAAAACUUAUCGCUGAUUGUAAUGGUAUAUCCAUUCCUAUACGCAGCUUUUCUUCUUCCCAGAUCAUUGAAGCCACUAAUAGCUUUGAUUCUAGUUCUCUUGUCUGGGGGGAGUGGGACUAUAAACUGUAUAAAGGUAACGUCGAAGACAAGUCUUAUUUGAUCAAGAGAUACUCCGAGCAUAUAGUUACAGGAGGCGGAGUUGGAGAGGCAUACAAUGACAUUGUCUUGUCUGCUAGGAUGAGCAACCACAGCAACUUUCUGAAACUAUUUGGAUGCUGUUUCGAGUUUAGUUUUCCGGUCUUUGUGUUUGAAUAUGCAGAACAUGGAGUUCUUAAUGAGAAAGGACGUGUUAUGGUAAACGGGGAGGAAGCUAUAUUGCCAUGGAGUCUAAGGUUGAAGAUUGUAAAGGAAAUUGCAAAUGCUGUGACUUAUCUUCACAUGGCGUUCCCUAAGAUCAUCAUACAUAGACAUAUCAAGCCAACCAAUAUUUUCUUGGACAAGAACUGGACCGCAAAGUUGUCUGAUUUCUCGCUCUCCAUAACACUCCCCGAGGGAAAAUUAGGAACAGAAGUUGAAAGGGUUCUGGGAACAUAUUGGUACAGCGAUCCAUUGUAUUUUAGCACGGGUUUCGUGACGGAAUAUACUGAUGUGUACAGCUUUGGAAUCUGUUUGUUGGUUUCUCUCACGGGCAGGCCAGCUUACGACUAUGCUAGAUCUGAUGGGUACUACAAGUAUAUUGCUGGCUAUGUGAAAGGCUUAUAUGAGAAGGGAAAGAUCGAUGAACUGAUUGAUCCAGUAAUAAUGAAAGACAUCACAAGUGGUCAGAGAAUGCAGGUGGAAGGUUGUGUGGUGCUCGCUUUGAGUUGCUGCGAGGAUAUAGAUGAAGAUAGACCAAAGAUGAUCCAAGUAGCAAAAGAACUCAAGCGGAUUGAGACAUCACUGAAAGAUCCUCCUAGAGAUCCUCUCUAUUCUUGGACUACACAGUAGUACUGUAUUCUACCUUUUGUGCUCAAUUUGCGCUUAACUCGCAAGCUUAUGCUCGCUCAUGUGUAAUUGUUAACCUUUUGUGUCACUUACGCUGUAUAAAUCUGCUUGCACAAUAGUAACAUAUUUUCUAUAUCAA